UUUUUUCAUCAAGGCUAUUUUAAAUGUCCAAAUAUCUAAAUUGAUAAAAUAAGUAGUAUAUUUUUUACCCUCUUUUUUUUUUGAUAAUUUUUUUUAGUAUAUAUUCAGCUGAGAGUGAGAGGGUUCUACUCCUUGAUGUAAGGAAACUAUGUAACUAACUUCCUCUUCCUACUCUCUUGGAUCUUUGAGACUCUCUUUCAAUUGUGCAUGCAUCAAGCUCCACAAACUAAACAUAACUCCUCAUAUUUCUCUUCCAGGUCCCCAGUUUUUCUUGUUUUUACACAUCUGAAUAAUAAUCUUUCUAAAUCACAAAACUAAUCAAAUUUUCUUCCUCUAAUCAUUUCUAGAAAUGGCUUUUGGGAGGAUGAGGAAUAACAAGCGACCAUCUUCCUCAAAUUCAUAUGUCUCCACCAUCACUACUGUAGUCUUCAUAGCCCUCUGUGUUUUGGGUGUAUGGAUGCUCACCUCUGAUAAUGCCAUUUCACCCAACGCCACUACCCGCACUUCCACCACUACUACACCUAAUGAAUCCCAUGAUGUCAUUAAAUCCGAUGAUCCCGUCACCUUCAACAAACCUAAUGACAGAGCCACUUCCGGGACAUUUGAAGAUAAUCCUGGAGACCUCCCUGAUGAUGCCCUAAAAAACGAUGAGUCUCAGAAAUCUCAGGAAGAUCAGAAAAGGGCAGUGGGAGGUUCCUACCAGCAAAAUCUGGAAAGGAAGGACUCAGUGCAGGAAAAUGAACACAAAAUUGAUGAUGCUGGUAGUAAGGCAAAAGAGAUCACUGAACCUCUGGUUGAUGAAAAUGCUCAGAGUCUGGGUGGCAAAGAGUCAGCUGAAGAACAUGAAAAGCAAAAUGAACACCAAAUACAAGUUUCAGAAGAAAGCACACUCACUGAGAAGCAGAACAUUCAACAAAGUAUUUCACUUGAUCAGGACACCAACAAACCUAAACAGCAAGAUCAGGUUGAAGGAAGAAACAAUAGUGAUCAAAGUCAGCAAAAUGCAAGCAGUCAAACUAAUGAAAACCAACAACAGGGUUCGGAGGAACAAGAACAACAACAGGACAGAGAACAACAAAAGGCCAACAACCAACAACAGGCUUUGGAGGAACAACAACAGGAAAGAGAACAACCAAAUGCUAAUAACCAACAGACAUUGGAGGAACAACAACAAGAUCCAGAACAACAAAAGGAUAAUAACCAACAACAGACAGUGGAGGAACAACAACAGGAACAGCAGCAGCAAGAUGAAAAAGCAAUCACAUUUAGCGAUGAGACGAAAAAAGAUCCAUCGAAACAGGAUAGUAGCGAAGAUUCAAAUACAAAACAAGAUAAGGAUGAGAAUAACCAGCAAGACAAACCAAUGGCUCAACAGCAAGAAGAUGAAUCAGCCAAGCAGGUGGAUCCUGAGCAGGAGAAUGAUGGAAGCACUCAGACAAACAAACAGCAAGCCACUGGAUCAACUGAUCAGAAAUCAACAGAGCCACACUCACUCCCAAACUCGGGGAUUCCAAAGGAGUCCAAUGAGUCAAAAAAGUCUUGGUCGACUCAGCUAGAUCACUCCCAUGAUGAGAAACAAAGGCGGGGGGAGAAUGUAAAGGGCAAAGAUGAGGAGAGCGGCGAGAGCCUAUAUGGGUAUACAUGGAAGCUCUGUAAUGUGACAGCAGGACAUGACUAUAUACCUUGUUUGGAUAAUGAGAAAGCAUUAAAAAAAUUGCGCACUACAAAACAUUUCGAGCACCGUGAGAGGCAUUGCCCAGAAGAUCCCCCAACUUGCCUUGUCCCAGCUCCUGAAGGGUACAAGAAAUCUGUCCAGUGGCCACAAAGCAGGGACAGGAUUUGGUUUCACAAUGUACCCCACACAGAAUUAGCAAAGGUGAAAGGACAUCAGAACUGGGUGAAAGUUGCAGGGGAGUUCUUGACUUUUCCAGGAGGUGGAACUCAAUUUAUUCAUGGUGCUCUCCAUUACAUUGAUUUCCUUGAAAAGACAAUUCCAGGUAUUAAAUGGGGCAAGCACACGAGAGUAGUACUAGAUGUUGGAUGUGGUGUUGCAAGCUUUGGAGGCUAUCUUUUUGAUAGAGAUGUACUUACAAUGUCAUUUGCACCCAAAGAUGAACAUGAGGCUCAGGUCCAGUUUGCCCUUGAAAGAGGCAUACCUGCAAUAUCUGCUGUGAUGGGUUCUCAGAGACUCCCAUUUCCUAGCAGAGUGUUUGAUGCUGUGCAUUGUGCUCGUUGUAGGGUUCCUUGGCAUGCAGAAGGUGGUAGACUUCUACUUGAACUGAACCGAGUACUACGACCUGGAGGGCAUUUUAUUUGGUCAGCUACGCCUGUGUACCAAAAGCUUCAAGAAGAUGUGGAGAUAUGGGAAGCCAUGACUGCACUGACUGCAUCUAUGUGCUGGAAGCUUGAGAAGAAACAGAAAGAUUCUAUAAAUAAGAUUGGAGCUGCCAUAUUUCGCAAACCUACAAACAAUGAAUGUUAUGACCAAAGAAAGGAAAAUAAACCUCCAAUGUGUAAGAAUGAUGAUGACUCAGAUGCUGCAUGGUAUGUUCCUCUGCAAGCAUGCAUGCAUCGGGUGCCAACUGACGAGGCAGCAAGGGGAAGCAAAUGGCCAAUUAGAUGGGCUAAAAGGUUGCAGACACCUCCAUAUUGGUUGAAUAAAUCUCAGAUGGGAAUAUAUGGAAAACCAGCUCCUGAUGAUUUUGAAAAAGAUUAUGAACACUGGCAAAAUGUGGUGAACAAGUCAUAUCUUAAUGGACUUGGCAUCAGUUGGUCAAAUGUGAGGAAUGUUAUGGACAUGAGAGCUGUUUAUGGAGGAUUUGCAGCAGCAUUGAGAGACCUUAAGGUCUGGGUCCUGAAUGUUGUCAAUGUAAAUUCUCCCGACACACUUCCCAUAAUCUAUGAAAGAGGCCUCUUCGGAAUCUACCAUGAUUGGUGUGAAUCUUUUAGUACAUACCCUCGAACCUAUGAUCUUCUGCAUGCGGAUCAUCUAUUCUCGAAACUGAAAGAAAGGUGCAAACUUAUGCCGGUCAUGGCAGAAAUAGAUAGAAUAGUUAGACCUGGAGGGAAAUUGAUUGUUCGUGAUGAGUCCAGCACAAUUGGAGAAGUUGAAAACUUGCUUAAAUCACUGCACUGGGAGGUUCAUUUGACUUUCUCCAAAGAUCAAGAAGGAAUACUCAGUGCAACCAAGUCUGAUUGGCGACCAACAUAGGUGCCUCUGUGAUGCUUGACCUUUGCAGCAUGCAGAUGGGUAGUGCUUCCAUGUAGCUCGAAAAUUUCGCACAUCCAGCAAAAUUCCUGGUUCUUCUAUUUUUCCAGGAAUAGAAUUGAAAUAU